GAUAUACUUGGACAGAGGGGUGGACGUGGAUGUGGUAUACAUGGACAGAGGGGUGGCUGGACAUGAUAUACUUGGACAGAGAGGUGGCUGGACAUGAUAUACUUGGACAGAGAGGUGGCUGUGGAUGUGGUAUACUUGGACAGAGAGGUAGCUGUGGACAUGUUAUACUUGGACAGAGGAGUGGCGGUGGACAUGGUAUACUUGGGCAGAGAGGUGGCUGUGGAUGUGGUAUACUUAGACAGAGGGGUGGCUGUGGAUGUGGCAUACUUGGGCAGAGGGGUGGACGUGGUAUACUAGGAGAGAGGGGUGGAUGUGGUAUACUUGGACAGAGGGGUUGCAGUGGACAUGGUAUAUGGACAUGGUAUACUUGGGCAGAGGGGUGGCUGUGGAUGUGGUGUACUUAGACAGAGGGGUGGCUGUGGAUGUGGCAUACUUGGACAGAGGGGUGGACGUGGUAUACUUGGACAGAGGGAUGGACGUGGUAUACAUGGACAGAGGGGUGGCUGGACAUGAUAUACUUGGACAGAGAGGUGGCUGUGGAUGUGGUAUACUUGGAGAGAGGGGUGGCGGUGGACGUGGUAUACUUGGCCAAGGGGUGGCGAUGGACGUGGUAUACUUGGAUAGAGGGGUGGCGGUGGACGUAGUAUACUUGGACAGAGAGGUGGCGGUGGACAUGGUAUACUUGGACAAAGGGGUGGCGGUGGACAAGGUAUACUUGGACAGAGGGGUGGCGGUGGACGUGGUAUACUUG